AUGGCUCAUCUUUUUGUCAAACGUCUGAUAAAUAGAUUAUAUUCAAGGCCUUAUCUAUUAUUUACAAACACAGUUACCGGUGUUAUUUCGAUUUCGAUCGGUGAUGUUUUGCAACAAAAUCUGGAACAUCAUUGGUCUAAUCAUUCGAAACAGAAAAAUGCAAAUGAAGAUGAUCAACCGUUUGAAUGGAAUCGUACUAGAACAAAAAACAUGAUGAUUGCAGGAAUAUAUUUCAGCCUUUUUGGACAUUGGUGGUAUUCGUAUUUAGAUCGUAAAUUUCCAUCUCAAAUUAAAAGUUCUAUUGGCAAAAAACUGAUGGCCGAAUCAGCUAUGGGUCCUUUACUUGUAUCAUCCGUAUUUCUUUUAUUUGGCCAAAUUAAUGAGCAAAAAUUGGAAAUAACCUUUCAGCGGAUACGAAGCAAUUUCGGUUUGAUUUGUACGGCCGAAUGGUUAGUGUUCAUUCCGAUACAAUGGUUAAAUUUUGCUUUCGUACCACCUGCAUAUCGAUAUUUGUAUGUUGCUACUGUAUCUAUUGGUUACGAUGCUUUUCUAUCUUAUGUUUUCCAUAGGUUCGAAAGAUGA